AUGGAGGAGUUUGUAACGAUGCCAUGUGAUGUGCCAACUUGUAUUGCCUUGAAAUGGGGGGCACUGACAGCUGAUCUACUGUAUAAGUAUAAGCCACACGUGAUCAUUGGACCAGGGUGUACCCCGUCAGUGCAGACUGUUUCCAGAAUGGCCGUUUCAUGGAACAUUCCUCACAUCACAUAUGUAGGAACUGACGAAUCCCUUGGUGACAAAACAGAAUUUUCAAUGCUAUCCCGCCUGUCGUUCACCAUGAAUACCUUUGCUAAAUUCUACGUCGACGUUUUUGACGCCUUUGGUUGGACCGAUAUCGCGAAUAUAUAUGACAGUGACGUAUACCUUCCAAAUCUGGUUGGAACAAGUCUGCAGCGGUCUUUCGAUGAAGAUGCCCAGCAGAUCCGCUCCACACCUAUACCUUUUCAUAGCAUGACUUCAGAUCUCACCUCGGAGAUUCAGACCAUGAUGAAUAAAGCAGCCACACUUUCCAGAGUUUUUGUAGUCUCAUGCCAUGGUGAUGUGUUCCGAAAAAUGGUGUUGCUGACAAAAUCAAUGGCGUCACUUCCGUUUGGCGAAUACGUGUUCAUUUUCUUUUUUCAACUGCACGGUGAUCCACCUGUCGGCACUUAUGAUUGGUUCAGAGGGGACACGCUAGAUAACGAAGCCCGUUUAGCGUAUGAAUCUGUGAUGGUGAUACGUCCCAGACGUCCUGUGUCAGACGAAUUCUUCAAAUUUGAGAAGGAAGUGAAAGAAAGAGCUCAGACAGAGUACAACUAUACAUGGAGGGAGGGGAAUGAAGUAAGCAUUUACAACAUUGGACACUACGAUUCCUUUAUCUUGUAUGCGCAUACUCUAAAUGAAAGUUUGGCUGCCGGAGAGAAUCCUCGAGAUGGAAAACGGAUUGUUAAAAGGAUGUGGAAUAGAACAUUCCCAGGAAUAGGAGGCCCGGUUUUUGUCAACGAAAAUGGAGACCGAGACACAGAUUUUACUCUCCUUGACCUUGACCCUAUCACUGGAAAGUUCCGGGGCGUAGCACAGUACCUAGGUUGGACCCACACGUUCGAGAUAAUCAAAGAUGUCCCCGUACACUGGCCAGGCAGAAUUACAGCCCCACCCAACAAGCCUAAAUGUGGAUUUACGGGCGAGCUUUGUGUGUCCUUUACUUUGGAGCCAACGGCCAUCGUAGGGAUAGGUAUGAGCGCUGCUAUAGUGCUUGUCUUAGUUGUUGGCUUCUUCAUAUAUAGACAUAUGAAGGCCGAGGCGGACAUACACAGUCAGUGGUGGCGGGUCAAGGUCGAGGAUAUAUCUUUGACAAUGGCAUCUUCAUUCUUCUCAAGUCGCAGUAGAGGUACCCAAGUACACAUCAGGAAGCCGCAUAUUAAAACUCUGCCCGUAGACAGAGCUCUGCUGUUGGAACUCAAAAAGAUGCGUGACAUAACGUGCCAGAAUUUGACUCGGCUUAUCGGUCUUUGUCCCGACAACAACAACGUGUGCAUUCUCACGGAACACUGCUCAAGGGGAAGCCUGCAGGACAUUUUGCACAAUGAAUCCAUACAGCUGGACUGGGAUUUUAAGCUGUCUCUAUUAAACGAUAUAGUUGAGGGUAUGCACUACCUACACUCAAGCUCCAUCGGUGUACACGGCCGCCUCACUAGCUCUCGUUGUGUGAUCGACAGUCGAUUUGUCCUUAAGAUUACUGGGUUUGGACUCAACAUAAUGAACGACACCAACAACCGGAAACAGCACCAGGAUAAUCUAUAUUUAAGCCUACCAGAAUUGCUGUGGAUGGCCCCAGAACACCUCAGGAACUACCCUCCACGUCAGAGUUCCCAGGCAGGCGAUGUAUACAGCUUUGCAAUUAUCAUCUACGAGAUGUGCACCAGAGCAGAACCUUACGUGUCAGAAAUUUGGUAUAAAUCUCUUGAUGAAACACUGGCAAAAAUAAAGGGCGUAGGAACAUUAAAAGUUCGCCCUACAUUGCGAAAGGAGGAUUAUUUCCCAGACGUUGUCAAACUUGCUAAAUGCUGCUGGCAUGAAGUCCCACCUGAAAGACCACCCUUUUCUAACAUCAGAAACGUUGUCAAAAGGAUACGAUUCAAAAGAGAUGCCAAACCGUCUCAAAAUGUACUCGAUGUGUUGUUGAACCGCAUGGAGCAGUAUGCUAACAACUUGGAAGGGCUAGUAGAGGAGAGAACGCAAGCUUUUCUUGAAGAAAAGAAGAGAUCUGAGGAGCUUCUAUAUCAGGUUUUACCCAGAAGUGUAGCCAACCAGCUUCGGAUUGGCAAUCCUGUUGUUCCGGAGUCGUAUGAGAGCGUGACCAUCUACUUUUCUGAUAUUGUCGGGUUUACCGCCAUAUCUGCAAAUAGCACUCCAUUCCAGGAACGACCACUUCUUGUCGUGGAUCUCUUGAAUGACCUGUACUCGUGCUUUGAUUCUAUCAUAGAGCACUACGAUGUUUACAAGGUGGAAACUAUAGGCGACGCGUACAUGGUGGUGUCCGGCUUACCAGAAAGGAAUGGAACCGAACAUGCUCGGCAGAUUGCUCGACUUGCUCUCAACAUACUUCACAGCCUGCAAACAUUUGUUAUAAGACACCAACCGAAUACGCCUCUCCGUGCACGCAUCGGAUUACAUUCUGGUCCUGUAUGUGCGGGCGUGGUUGGGCGUAAGAUGCCUAGAUACUGUCUGUUUGGUGACACUGUCAACACUGCCAGUAGAAUGGAGUCUAACGGUGAACAAAUGAAGAUACACGUGAGUAAAGCCACAACGAGACUGUUGACGAGAUUUAACACGUUUGUUAUAGAAGAAAGGGGAGAAAUUGAUAUCAAGGGGAAAGGUUUAAUGAUGACAUAUUGGCUGAUUGAUGAGCUCUCAAGACAUUAUCAGCAGUUUAGUGUGGUUUGA